AUUACGGUAAAUGCAUGCAACGGAGCCGCUCAGUGUCCAGCAGACCGGGAGUUGUACUGGAAGACGCUGCGCCGGACAGAUCUCGGAUGUUAUCCCUCCUUCCGAGCCUCGGACCGCAUCCCAUCGAGCCAGGUGCGACUGUGAGGCGGUUCCUCUUGGCGUCUGACGUUCCUCUGACCGUCCCCGCGUCGGCCCUGUGAGUCUUGGAGAGAGGAGCAGUUUUUGCGUCCAGCUUGGCUCGUCAUCCAAGGUCCCAGACCAGCUGACCAGACUCUGCCUGUCAGCCUGAAGGAGCGACCCCGGCCCUCCCCUGCUGCUAGCUAGCGCCGGCAUGGCAGACAGUCGACAGCCAGAAGACCUGACCCCCCAGUGGGACCCAUCGGGGCCGCAGGAGCCCACUGGGACCCAUGGAGCCAAUGGCUACCCGUCCUCCGCCUACAGGACCUGCCAGUCUGGCGGGGCCCACAUGGGCACAGCCUCCUACUCCGCCAAGGAGAACGGCUUUAACGGGGAGCUAGGCGGCGCUCACGCUAUAACUGCAGAGCAAGUGUCAGCUCGCAUCGUGCAAGAGGUGACAGCAGAAGCCGUGGCAGUGCUAAAGGGAGAGCAGGAGAGCCAAAGGCUGCCAUCAGUUGAGGACACCACCAAUCUGCCUCCCUCUCCUCCCCCGUCACCUGCUGCAGAGCACUUCGGACCUCUGGAACAAGAUGUAGGGGAUGAGGAUGAGGCGGGCCCUCUCUGCCGCUUCCAAAAUUCUCGGGAGAGGUGCAAGUUCCUCGCCCCCUCCAUCUCAGUUUCCGUGCCCGAGGACGACCCCUACCACUCCGACGAGGAGUACUAUGAGCACCCAUUGUUCAGCCCAGAGUGGACGCACUCAGGCCCUCGCCCCACAGGGCAGGCCGUGGCCUUUAGACAGAUUGAAGAAGAGACCACGGAGGCUCUUACAGCAGAAUACGAUGAGGAGGAGGUGGAAGAGGAGGAGGAGGAGGAGGAGAGUGCAGAGGCAGCAGAGUCCGAGGCAGCUCUUGAUGAGCAGCAGUGGAGUGGGGACGAGCCCGAGCUGGACAGCCCCCAAGCUGAGCCUUUAGAGCAGGCAGAGGCCGUAGACGAGGCCCAGGACGUAGCCCUGGAGCCGGCCGAAGCAGCUAGUGCUACAGCAGAGGAAGCAGAGGGUGAGCAGGGCCCUGAGACAGCCUUGAAGAUGGACUCAGACAAGCAAGGCAGCGGCUCCAUGAGUCCAGACAGCAUUGGAUCGGAGAAACGCCCAGAGGAGGUUUUUGAGUCCCAGACCCAAGGGUUCUUUGCGGGUGAACGAGUUGUACCGGAGAGCCCCACCAUGGACAUGCCGUCCUUUGUACCUCCAAAUGUUCAAGCCAAAGAAUUUACCAGAUCAAUCACGCUCCAGCCUACGUAUGGUGAGCCAAUCACCGUUUCAGAGAAGCAGCCAUCGGUGGAGGUGGUAGAGUUUAGCAGCAUCGGCUCUCCUUCUGAUUUCUCCUCCAUGGGAGUCAAAGUACAAGGAGGCGACUCGUCAGAAGACGCGAGGGACAGAUCUGGCAUGUCGGCGUACUUUGAAACGUCGGCCACGGAAGUGGACGAGGCUCCCCAAAGUAAGGGCGAGGGUUAUUAUGAACUCAGCACAGCUGGUGAAGAGAAGAACACAAUGGAGUCCCAAUCAGCAGCUGACGCCCAGAGUAAAGCUGAGACAAAACCCAUCACAGCGGAAGACGCUAGAGUGUUCACUGUUCCCGAGAGGAGUAACGAGUGCAGGCUUUCCCCGGGUAAACUGGCCUUAGAGCAGAGGAGUUACUCACUUAACAUCACCAUCGGAGCAGUGGAUCAGAGUGGCCAAGGCAGACCCAGGAACUUCUCUCCUCUGGCCACAGAUAUCAUGUCAUACACCAGCGGAAGUCUGGAUGAGUCGGCCGACUACCUCCCCGUCACUACACCUUCCGUGGACAAGCCUCCACCCUUCCCUCCCCUUAUCCUGGAGACCGCGGCUUCCGUCACUUCCGAUUCCUCGUCUCCACCGCUAAACAAGACCGCUGCGCCAGUUUCAAAGGCCAGCCCUGAACCCGAGUCUCCAGAAUCACCCCAACCCGUCAAGAACAACUAUAAAAACGGUACCGUCAUGGCGCAGGACCUGCCCGAGAUGCUGGACCUUGCUGGUACUCGCUCUAGGCUGGCAUCGGAAAACACAGAUCCAGAAAUCAUUCGAAGGAAGUCUAUUCAGUCCGAUGCUCCUGCAUUUGCUGACGACCCAAUGGCCAGUCUGGUUUCAGGGGAGCGGAGUCCCAGCGCCAGAGGAAGUGAAAGCCAGCUGGAAGAGAUGGGCUAUUGUGUGUUUAGUGAAUAUUCGGGGCCCAUGCCGUCCCCUGCAGAUGUGUUUAGUCCCACAAGCACUUCUGCACAGGUUUUUACCCCCUCAGUCUUGGAGGAGAAAGUGGCUGAGCAGGCAAGGAAAUUGGCAGUCAGAGACACAUCUGUGGAGGAGCAGAUCCAGCCUGUGGGAGACGGCGAGGUCACCAAAGAGAAUGAGUCUUCUGAAGAAAAAGACUGGAAGGUUGCAGAUGAUACGUCUAAGCAGUCUGCAAAUGUGGAGGAGAAACCAGCUGUUCAGCCAUGUGAGACCUUUGUGACGCCAACAGUCACCGUAACGCUCGAAGAAGGUGGUAGGACUGUGAGCGAGACGGAGCGGCAGGCCAGCGGCGAGGGCUCCGCGUCCGAAACAGAGAUCGCCGACUACGAGAGGCAGAUCCGCAAGCUGGAGAUGGAGGACAGGCCCCUCAGUUUGGAGGAGGAGCGCGAGCUGCAGGAGCUGCGGGAGAAGGUUAAGCUGGUCCACCAGGAGGCGUACGAGGAAGUGGAUGCUGAAGACGUGUACCAGCUGACAGGCGUGGCCAAGGACCGCAUCGCACGGCCCGUCAAGACGUCCCCUACUUCGUCUGUGGAGAGCAACAUUGAUGAUGACAAGCUGCUCUCCCCAGUGCUUUCACCUUCCAAGCUCAAACAAAGGGAGAUGUAUGGCUCCCCAAAGCGAUCGCCCUCACCAGUGUUAGGUGUAUGUAAAGAUGAGAAAGAGAAAGAGAAGGAGGAGUCUGAGAAGAAAAUGAAAGAGGAGCAAGAAAAGGCAGCAGCUGAGAAGAAAAUGAGAGAAGAGAAAGAAGAAGCGGAGAGGAGACUCAGAGAAGAGAAAGAAAAGCAGGAGAUGAAAGAAAAGGAAGAGAAGGAGGAAAGGGGGAGAAAAGAGAGAGAAGAAAGAGACAAGAAGGAACAAGAGGAGAGAGAAAAGGUAGAGCAAGAAAGGAAAGAAAGAGAAGCAAGAGAGGAAAGAGAGAGAUUAGAGAAAGAGCUGAAGGAGAAGGAAGAGAAAGAUAAGUUAGAAAGGGAACUAAAGGAGAAAGAGGAAAAAGAAAAGAGGGAGAGAGAGAUAAAAGAGAAAGAAAAGUUAGCAAAUGAACUAAAGGAGAAAGAAGAGAAAGAAAAGAGGGAGAGGGAACUGAAGGAGAAGGAGGAGAAAGAAAAGAUGGAGAGAGAACAGAAAGAGAGGGAGGAGAAAGAAAAGAUGGAGAGAGAACUGAAGGAAAAGGAGGAGAAAGAAAAGAUGGAGAGAGAGAUAAAAGAGAAAGAAAAGUUAGCAAAUGAACUAAAAGAGAAAGAAGAGAAAGAAAAGUUGGAACGAGAACUGAAAGAGAAGGAGGAAAAGGAAAAGAUGGAGAGAGAGAUAAAAGAGAAAGAAAAGUUAGAAAAGGAACUAAAAGAGAAAGAAAAGUUAGAAAAGGAACUAAAAGAGAAAGAAAAGUUAGAAAAGGAACUAAAGGAGAAAGAAGAGAAAGAAAAGUUAGACAGAGAAGUGAAAGAGCAGGAGGAGAGAGAACGGAUGCCACGGGAGCCAUCAGCAGAGCAAGGCCAGGUGGAGGAAGCAGAGGCCUCCUCGCUGAAGGAGACUCGCGCCGCCAUUGAAUCCGUGGUGACGGUGGAGGACGACUUCAUCACCGUGGUCCAGACCAUCGAUGAAGCAGAGGAACCGGGUCACAGCGUUCGCUUCUCGGCGCCGCCGGAGCCCGCGGACCUUUGCGUCGCGGGCCGGAAGGAGGAGGAGGAGGAAGAGGAGGAGGAGGAGUCCGUGGAGUUAGCCCAGGAAGCGGACCUGGAGGCCGCCAGUCUGGAGGACGCGGGCGACGUCCCGGAGAAAGACGCGGAACCCGCGGAACCCGAAGGACCCACGGAGAGCUACGACCGAGACGAGACCACCAUGGACGACUCCAUCCUGGACAGCUCCUGGGUCGACACGCAAGACGACGACCGGAGCAUGUUCACGGAGCACGUCGAGCCGUUGCCCGCGGCGCCCAGCCCGGUCCAAAAGCCCGGCGCCGCCCCGAGCGGGCCGACGCAGCAGAGGAAGCCGGAGAAGGCGCUGAAGGCCAAGGCCAAGGGCGUCCGGACCAAAGGCCGGAUCUCCACGCCGGAGCGCAGGCCCGUCCGCAGGGAGCCCGUCUACGUCCCCCGAGAGGAAGUGAAGAAGAAGAAAGCCGUGAUAAGGAAAGCCGACCUGGCCAAGAAAACGGAGGCUCGGAGUCAGUCCCCCUUCAGGAGGAGCGCCGUGAAGCCGGCCGUCCGCCAGAACCGGCCCACCCAGCACCACUCCUGCCCCCGACGGAGGCCCACAGAGACCCUGCCCGACAGUCGCCAGCCCCUCAGCGUUGCAAGACAGUCUCGCGACAGAGCAUCGGACGGCGGGUCGCGGAGCCCGGAGAAGAGGUCCUCUCUGCCGCGACAUGCCGUUCUGAGUCGCCGUGGUUACCAUGAACACGAGGAGAGCUCCACCUCCAUCACUAGCUCCGGUUCCACAGCUCCUCGCAGACCCACAUCAUUUCGCGCAGAGAUGAGAGCAGAACACAGGACGGGCCGAGCUCCCAGCAUGACGGCCACCGACUCGGUGCGGUCCCGCUCGGCCCGGAGCGGCCACUCCACCCCCCGCACCCCCGGCUCCACGGCCAUCACCCCGGGCAGCCCACCCAGCUACUCGUCGUCCUCGAGGACCCCCGGGACCCCUCGCUCCCUCUCCUUGCUCUCCCAGGAGAGGAAGGUGGCCGUCCUCCGCACACCGCCCAAGUCGCCCGCAACCACGCCCAAGCAGCUGCGCAUCAUCAAUCAGCCUCUGCCGGACUUCAAGAACAUCAAGUCCAAGAUUGGCUCCACGGAGAACAUCAAGUACCAGCCCAAAGGAGGACAGAUCCAUAUUUUAAACAAGAAGGUGGACUUCAGUCACGUGCUGCCAAAAUGCAGCUCCAAGGAUAAUGUGAAGCUCAGUCCCCGUGAAGGCAAUGUUCUCAUCCCCAGUGUUAAGCUGGACUAUAGCCAUGUUCAGUCUAGGUGUGGGUCCUUGGACAGGCGGGGAUACUCGGCGGGAGGUGGAAACGUGCAGAUACAGAACAAGAAGAUCGACCUGAGCCACGUGACCUCCAAGUGUGGCUCCCUGGACAACAUUCAUCAUCGGCCAGGGGGAGGCAACAUCCGUAUAGAGAGCGUGAAGUUGGACUUCAAAGACAAAGCCCAAGCCAAGGUGGGUUCCCUGGAUAAUGCUCACCACAUGCCUGGUGGAGGCCAUGUCACGAUUGAGAGCCACAGGCUCGCGUUUCGCGACGCCGCCAGGGCCCGCGUGGACCACGGCGCCGACAUCGUGGUCCAGUCGCCGGGCCUGUCCGGCCUGGUGUCGCCCCCCCGCCAGCGGGAGAGCCACCUGUCGUCCUCCGGCAGCCUCAACGUGACGGAGUCGCCGCAGCUGGCGACGCUGGCCGAGGACGUCACCGCGGCGCUGGCCAAGCAGGGCUUGUGAACACUGGAGGUGCCGCUGCACCUGCUGCACCGCAGGCGUCCUCGCCCACAUCCCUGCAGACUCUCCGCCCACUCCUGCCACCCUGAGGCCAGCCACAGCUCAGCCGCCACCUCUGAACAUCUCCCCUGCCACAGCCACCUCUUAACCCUUAAGUAGAGACUCGUUUUAGGAGCUACUGUACUUUGGUCCUCUUUACUGUAAACCCCGAUAUGUGUUCUGGUUUGUUUCGUUGGCCUCUCUCUCUUUGGAUGAUGUUGCAUAGAAUAGUUCAGUCUUAGCACUGGUCCUAGAUAAUAUUAAGUGUGCGACAGCCAAGUAUUGGCUUGACUGGCCCAGGAUCAGUGGUUUGUCAGUGCGACUAAUGUGGCCAACACACCAUGCAGCACGUAUUGUUCUCGCCCAGUAAACGUGCAUGGACACCAAAUCCCUUAACAAACCAAGCAUCCUUACUCUAAGUCAUUCUUCUCACCCAACAUAUAUAGUAUAUUUAACAAAUAUAUAUAGAAACAUGUAGAAGAUUACAAGUUCUUUGCCAUCGACAUGUCCUCAAAACAUUUUAACAGGAAGUGAAGUUAUGGCUACAAAAUAUACCUGUAAAGUUGCAUUAUUGCAAAAACUAGGUCAUGUUAUCACGAGCAUGUACUGAAUCAAAUAUCAAAAGAGGCUAUUUUGUAAUUUCAAAAUGAUUUUAGUAAGUUAUUUCCUCAAUUGUUGGAUUAAGAUUGAACCAGUUCAUGUUUUGUAGUUAUUAGUUGUUUACACUGUAAUGCUUGGUGACAAUGUCAGACAGCUGUUAGGUGUUGCAAAGGAAAACAUCUCAGUCCUGUUGAAGAGCAUCACACACACAAUACUGGUAAAAAGAAACAGCUGAGAAGCUCUUGAUACGUAAACACAAUGAUAAACGACGGCGUUCAUUCCACAAACCUCUUCGUAAAAAAAGGAAAAUUAGAAUGUUGUUUUUCUGCACGUGGCUGCAGAAAACCCACAAAUCACAGCUCCAGACAUCUAUUCCUCAUCAGGCUGAUGUGGCGCCCGUCACGAGCGCCUGUCGUCUGAGCCACACGGGAAAACGCUACAGUUUGAGAUGUCAGAUUUAGAAGUGUGUGUGUGUGUGUGUGUGUGUGUGUGUGUGUGUGUGUGUGUGUGUGUGUGUGUGUGUGUGUGUGUGUGUGUGUGUGUGUGUGUGUGUGUGUGUGGUGCUGAUGCAGAUUCCGGUGCACUUCACCACAGAUGCUACUGUAUGUGGAUGUUUUCCUGCAAUGUGUGGAGACGGAAGAUGGGAUAAAAAUAAGUUUUUGAAAAAUCCUUUAAAAAAGACGCUUGGUGAAGAAAAUCAAACUGACCGCGAGGCGCCUCGAUCACCUGUGAAUGUCUGCUCGGAACGUGUCGGGGGGUUUAUCUGCUUUAUUUUUCAGACGUCACCUGUGGUAUAUCCUGCCUCUCGCCUAAUUACUGCCCUCAACUGCAACUGUUUGUUUGCUUCGGUGUUUUCGGCAUCCCCCAUCUCCGUGUGCCCCUUCCCCGCCACCUGCUCCACCCUGCAGCAACUGUAAAUGUAUUUAAAAGGUCAAGUAGAUGUGCGCAGUUUUUCUCUUGUUGAUAUGACUCCAAGUAAACUAAUUAAUGACAAUAAAAAAAGGAUGAAAACUGA